UGGCCGGAUUUGAAGAGUUCUGUCAUCCGCGGAUUACUGCCCAAGGCUGCGGAAAGGUGUCGCCUGGAGGGGCUGCAGAUUCCUGACUCAGCUCUGCGUGGGCCUUUCCGGUCACGUGCUGUACGGAGCAGCGGCCUGACGCGUUAUUGCUAGGCAACGCUUGCAAGCUUCGACCUACGCUGGAUCGCAGCAGUGGAGGAUCUGGGCGCCGCGGGCCGGCAUGGACCAGUACUGUAUCCUCGGACGCAUCGGGGAGGGCGCCCACGGCAUCGUCUUCAAAGCCAAGCACGUAGAGACUGGAGAGAUCGUUGCCCUCAAGAAGGUGGCCCUGCGGCGGCUGGAGGAUGGCAUUCCUAACCAGGCCCUAAGGGAAAUCAAGGCUCUGCAGGAGAUCGAGGACAGUCAGUAUGUGGUACAGCUGAAGGCCGUGUUCCCACAUGGUGCAGGAUUUGUGCUGGCCUUCGAGUUCAUGCUGUCAGACCUGGCGGAGGUGGUGCGCCAUGCCCAGAGGCCACUGGCCCCAGCACAGGUCAAGAGCUACCUGCAGAUGCUGCUCAAAGGUGUCGCGUUUUGCCAUGCCAACAACAUUGUGCAUCGGGACCUGAAGCCUGCCAACCUGCUUAUCAGUGCCUCAGGCCAGCUCAAGAUAGCUGACUUUGGCCUGGCUCGGGUUUUCUCUCCAGACAGCGGUCGCCUCUACACGCAUCAGGUGGCCACCAGGUGGUACCGAGCUCCUGAGCUCCUGUACGGUGCUCGGCAGUAUGACCAGGGCGUCGACCUAUGGGCUGUGGGCUGCAUUAUGGGAGAGCUGUUGAAUGGGUCCCCCCUGUUCCCAGGAGAAAAUGACAUCGAGCAACUUUGCUGUGUGCUUCGAAUCCUGGGCACCCCCAGUCCUCGAGUCUGGCCGGAGAUCACAGAGCUGCCUGACUACAACAAGAUCUCCUUCAAGGAGCAGGCACCCAUAGCCCUGGAGGAGGUGCUGCCUGACGCCUCUCCCCAGGCCUUGGAUCUGCUCGGUCAGUUCCUCCUCUACCCUCCACACCAGCGUAUCGCAGCCUCCCAGGCCCUUCUACACCAGUACUUCUUCACAGCUCCUCUGCCUGCCCAUCCAUCUGAGCUGCCAGUUCCUCAGCGCCCAGGAGGACCUGCACCCAAGGCUCACCCAGGCCCUCCCCAUGUCCAUGACUUCCAUGUGGACCGGCCUCUUGAGGAGUCACUGCUAAACCCAGAGCUGAUUCGGCCAUUCAUCCCGGAGGGGUGAGAUGGCUUGCCCAAUCCUGCCUGCUUGCCCCAGGAACACCUAGACAGCCAUUCCUCUGCCUCUUCCUGAUUUCCGUCCAUGGCCUCCUCAUGGAUAUACACGCUACACGUCGUCCUACUCCUUAGCCUGCUUGAGGGCUGGGCUCCAGGAGGCAGAACCAUGAAGAUGUCCUGCUCAUAGCCUCCAUAAAGAACAAACUGUGUGCUUCCCCAGGGCUGGCGCUCAGUGGUGUCACCUGUCUUGGAGAUGGUUCUCCACGCUCUGUCUCCUGUUCAAGCACAUUGCUAUUACAGCACCACCUGGAGAGGCACAGAGAGUAAGCUGUCUCCAUACUGGGAAGGCAGCCUUGCUUUGGUUUGGUUUCUAGAGCACUCUGGGCCUGCAUUUGAGAUUCAAAUAAAAUCCCUAUGUGCUUCUGCCUGUUUCUACUAGGGAAAUUAACAAGGGUGAAUCAUAGGGG